UGUGAGUGUGACAGGAUGGCAGAGGAAAAGCGCCAGAGUCCUGGAAUUAAGAUCGGGACCGUUAUUCAAAGUCAGAUUGCGACUGACACCACACGGACCCCGGAGCGCACCGGAGCCGCAGCGCGUCAGGUUUGCUGAUGCGCAACUGGAACUUUUUAACAAGUCAAAUUGCAUUUUUCUGUGAAAUACUCCAGGAUAAAGUAUGGAAAACAGCUGCUUUGAGGAAUCGUAAUUGCGGUGCGCUCAAAAGCACAAGAGUAACAACUUCACUUUCCUUUAGAAAGGCGACAAAGUGACAUUUCUGCGCGUCGCUCGUUUGCGCUCGUCACAUGCGUAAAGUUUUUUAAAGUGCUCCUUCGCUUUUAUUUGGGACAUGGAGGAAAGAAAAUGCAUGAUGGAAAUAUGACAUGAUGGAUAUAUUUUACUGCAUCAGUGACAGGAGUCCUGUCAUGUUUUAACAGAAGAGAGAGUGUUGCAGUCUGACGUGGUGAUCUAGCCAUUCAUACUUGGAAAGGAAUAACUGUGUUUCUCAGCAUUGAUGCUUCAAGUUAGUAUCAGCCAGAAAAGCUUGUGCCCUGAUGUCAUGGGCUGACCUGGGACCGCACAGUUGAUAGUGUGGGGGACAAUGUCGGGACCCUGCGUCCGCAUCCCGUUUUGGGUUCGUGUGUUUCUCCUGCUGCUGCUUCACAGAGUCUCUGCAGGCUGUCCGGAGCUCCUCUCCAGCGGCUGCAGCUGCGCAGAGGACCGCGGCAAAGCUCACACUGCGCCCGGGGCGCGGAGGAAAGUGAGCUGCGUUGGGAAGGAGCUGACUGAGACGCCCGAAGUCAGUCUGCUUCCCAACAGGACCGUCUCUUUAAAUCUGAGCAACAAUCGCAUCCGCGUCCUGAAAAAUGGCUCCUUCGCUGGCUUGUACUCCCUCGAGAAGCUGGAUCUCAGGAAUAACUUGAUCAGCACCAUCAUUCCUGGAGCCUUUCUGGGUCUCACAGCUCUUCGAAAACUUGACCUAUCCAGUAACCGAAUUGGGUGCCUGACCUCAGAAGUGUUCCAGGGACUUACCAACCUCACAAAAUUAAACAUCUCUGGAAACAUCUUUUCCUCUCUGGAUCCACAUUUGUUUAUGGAGUUGCACUCUCUAAAGCUGGUGAACUUUCAUUCUGAGUUCCUGUCAUGUGACUGCGGUCUGCGCUGGGUCCCAGGCUUUUUCCGCAGCAGUUCUGCUCGGCUUGGGGACGAAACACUGUGUGCGUAUCCCAGGAGACUUCAAAACAAACCCCUGCGACUCCUGAGAGAGACUGACCUCAGCUGUGAGGGUCUGCUGGAGCUGCACACGCUGUCUCUUUUACCCUCGCUGCGGCAGGUUGUGUUUAAGGGGGACAGGCUGCCUUUCCAUUGCACUGCUUCACUGGUGGACAAAGUCACUGCUCUUCACUGGCGACACAACGAACAGCCUGUCACCACGGACCCUACCAAUGGAGUUCAUCUGGAAGAGAGUGUGCAGCAUGACUGCACCUUCAUCACCAGUGAGCUGAUCCUGUCAAACGUCCAUGUCGAGGCGAGUGGUGAGUGGGAGUGUGUGGUGUCCACGGGCCGUGGGAACGCCUCACGCAGUGUGGAGAUAGUGGUACUGGAGAACAGCGCCUCCUUCUGUCCGGAGCAGAGAGUGACUAACAAUCGAGGGGAGUUCAGGUGGCCUAGAACUCUGGCUGGCAUCACCUCCUACCAGUACUGUCUGCAGCUGCGCUACCCCUCCUUAACUAUAGGGGGCAGCGUGGAGCAGAAGAAGGCUUCGCGUAACUGUGACCGCUCUGGACGCUGGGAGGAGGGAGACUACUCUCAGUGCCUCUAUACUAAUGACAUCACACGGGUCCUGCAUACCUUCAUACUGAUGCCCAUCAACGCCUCCAACGCAGUGACUCUGGCACACCAGGUGCGAUCAUACACUCUGGAGGCUGCUGGUUUCACAGACACGGUGGAUGUUCUUUAUGUGGCUCAGAUGAUGCACAAAUUCAUGGACUACGUGACAGAACUGCGCGAGCUGUCCGAGGUGCUGGUGGAAAUGGGCAGUAACCUGAUGCAGGUAGAUGAUCAGAUUCUGGCUCGAGCCCAGAGAGAGGAAAGAGCCUGCAGUUCAGUCGUCUACACACUGGAGACUCUCGCCUGGCCUCAGCUGCACUCUCAUGCACAGGACUUCUCCAAAAGUUCUCGUAACAUCGUGAUGGAGGCUCACAUGAUUCGUCCUGCUCAUUUUACUGGCAUGAGCUGCACAGUCUAUCAGAGACGAGAGGGGACAGGAGGGAGCCAGGGGCAUGAUGGGAUUGAAUCGUCCCUUGAGCAGCAACUGCGAUUUCGCUGCACCACAGGAACACAUAACACCUCGCUGAACGCUUUUCAUGUCAAGAAUGCAGUGGCUCUUGCUUCAGUGUCUCUCCCUGCCUCUCUUUUUCCGCCGAACGCUCCUCCUGACUGUAAGCUGCAGUUUGUGGCAUUCCGCAAUGGAAGAUUCUUCCCAUUUACCAGCAAUUUCACAGGACAUUCGGACCUUGCCCGCAGACGUGGCGUCAACACUCCUGUUAUCUACGUUGGCCUUGAUGGUUGUAGCAUGUGGAAUCAGUCCGAUCCCAUUAUUGUGUCACUACGACACACGUCACCUGGAAAUGACCCUGUUGCUGCCCACUGGAGCUUGCAGGCGCUGGAGCAUCAUGGGAGUUGGAGUCUGGAUGGCUGUCAGCUGGCCCACAGUGAUGCGUCCACCUCUACACUGCGCUGCUCUGUGCUGAGCAAUUACGCUGUACUUCAGGAGAUGCCAGAUUUCCCGGGUUCACCUUUGAUUCCAGUGGAAGUGCUCCAUCCAGUGAUCUACACCUGUACUGCAGUGCUGCUCCUCUGUCUCUUCACCAUCAUCAUCACCUAUAUACUGCAUCACAGCUCUAUCAGAAUCACAAGGAAGAGUUGGCACACCCUCCUGAACACUAGUUUCCACAUUGCAAUGACGUCUGCAGUAUUUGCUGGAGGCAUCACUCUGACAGGCUACCCAGUUGUAUGCCAGGCUGUGGGGAUUGUUCUUCACUACUCUUCUCUGUCCACUUUGUUAUGGAUCGGAGUCAGUGCCAGAGUUAUCUAUAAAGAAGCCUUAUUAAGGACUCCACAACAACUAGAAGGAGAGUCUGCUGUACAACCAACCCAGCGGCCCAUGCUCAGGUUUUAUUUGAUAGCUGGUGGGGUCCCACUUAUCAUAUGUGGUAUCACUGCAGCUGUAAACAUCAAUAACUAUGGCGACAACAUUCCUUACUGCUGGUUGGUAUGGCAACCCAGUUUCGGAGCUUUCUACAUUCCAGCUGGAUUGAUCAUUCUUGUGACCUGGAUCUACUUCCUGUGCACUGCUUUCUGCCUGAGGCGCCGAAACUUCCAGGAGUCCAAAGAUCCUCCUUGUUCUGCCUCCGAACCCUCAAACUUGCCUGAGAGCCAACCGGCAAUCAGUGGCAGCACUAGCCUGCUCUCGACGGACUCUGUGGCGGGCCCGGUGCAUGCUGGGACGACGGUGGAGGACCAGUACUCAUUGAAGAACCAGUGUUUGGCACUGGUGGCGACGCAGUUUGUGUUUAUGGGGCUGUGGUGCUGCGGCGCUAUGGCUGUUUGGCACGUGGAUAGAGAGCGGAAACUCUUCAGCUGCCUGUAUGGAGGAACAGCUACGGGAUUAGGGAUCUUCUUGGUGCUCCAUCACUGUUUCAAGCGUUUGGAUGUCCAGGCGGCGUGGCUAAGUUGUUGCCCCGGGUACCGUCGCUCCCAACCCAUGCCAGCUUAUUCCCACCCCUGCACUGCCACCGUAGGCGUCCAGAGUGCCUCGGAAAGGGGCUCCCAACUUUUUGUAGGAUGCCAUCCGCCGACGGACACCAACAAUUACUCUUCUUCUGCCAGGUCGUCUUCUACUCAAAGUGGGACGACGAGCAUUGCCGUCGGGCCUUGCAAACUCACCAACCUCCUUCAAGUGACACAGGACAACGUGAAUAACGCCGCCCGAGCACCAACGGGAACUAAUACCAACACAAGCACGAGCACGGAGAACAACAAGCCGGCCAACAAUCUGCUGCCCAGUCUACUGCCUAUCCAGCAGCCUCAAAGAAGGAAGGCUUGUAGUAGAACAAGGGGUGGCAAUACGCAAUACCAUCACCGAGGGGACGGGAGAGGGCACUACCGCCUCAAAGCUCUCAGAGCGGGUGGAGGAGGUAGCAUGGGCGCUUUGGGACCUUCUGGGACAGAGCAAUCAAACAUCCACCAUCUACACAAACACGCUUCCAGUGAGAAUGGAAGUCUACGGAAUAGCCAUUCAGAGGGUCAGAACGGCCUUCUGACCAAUGGGCGGCACAGAGGGGAGGGACUAGCGACGAGCCCUUCGGAAGGUAGCGAUGGAGGUAGCAGCGGAAGUAGAAAACCUUUUCCCCUGUUGCCUUCGGUGGCAAGCAGGUCCGCCACGCAGCAGAACACUCAACGGCGCAGCGCUAGCAAAGACAAUCUUAAACUGGCCGCCGCGGCUGAGAGAGAGUCCAAGCGGAGCUCGUUCCCUCUAAACGUGGCAUCAAAUGUCACUGCGACGGCCUCGUUGACAACAGUUUCAGCGCCAAAUGGAACACUAAAGGGAUCCGUGGUGGAACUGGACACUAGCGGAACUGACCAAUCACAGGGUUCGGUUGGUAUGAAGAGCAGGGUAUGGAAGAGCGAGACGACUGUAUAAUAGUUGAAAGACUUUGAAGGUUUCUUGAAGGUGUGACCUGUAUGCCAGGAGCCAGAGCAUGGAUUUCUUUCUCCACAACCCUGCUGAAAAACUAGUUUAAACCAUUCUAAGAUGGUUUGAGGGCUUAGUUGGUCUGUGGGCUGGUUUUGGACAAUUUUCAGCCAAGUUAAACAUCAGCUUGGCUUGGCUGGGAGACUGGCUAAACCAGCUAAGACCAGGGAACCAGUCUAGCAGUGUUGUAGAACUUAAGACUGGAUGACUGCCUUCAUAUUUUUUAUGGUCUUUCUUCAGAUUCCAGUCUCAAGUACUACUGUACACGAGUUGCUAACACUGCGGAUACAUUUUGUAGUCUCUGCCGACUCGUGCAUAUCUACUAUGCCUCUGGAGCACAAGUUUCACGCGACACUUGUGAAACCUUGCUUCGUUCAAGACCCUCUUCAGGUCACUGUCUUGACUCGGACUAAGACUCGAGACAGACUUCAGACAGAGUCCUGUUUCGUCCAGUUUCAAGUAUUACAACACUGGAGCUUAGGCUGGUUCAAGAGGGGUUUUUUUCAGCAGGGAAGAGAAUGGCUUCUUUUAUGAUGAACCACCUAUACUUGUAAGUUUUGAACCGUCCAACAUGCUAAGAGCUAAUGCUAAGCAUGUUAAUAAGGAGAAGUUGCUGUUUUAUAUGAAGAAAAAUAAGGAGUGUGUAUGCAAAACCUGACUCCUUUAAAGACAAUGGUGGAGGAGUUGGUUUGACAAAAUAUGCAAAAUCAUUUUGAGUGCUUAUGUUUUCCUGUAAUACCACUUAACCUAACAAACUGUUUGAACGUAACAAAUCUUUUAAUAUCGAAUACGCCAAGGGAUCUGAACCUAAAGUUUAGCCAUUUAGCUGUGUUGAUCUUUGUUUCCGACUAUGCAUAUUCAUCAGGAUGGAGGACCGUCUGCUUGUUACCUACGUUUUCUUGUUCAGUCCCUCUGUGUCUUUGUCUCUUGUGUGUUCAUAUGUUUUUAUUUACACUAUUUCAUUUACAUGUCUGUAAGAAUGUACAUUGUGUUAUGUAUGUAUUGUUUGACCAUUACAGUGUUAAUUCAACUCUCUGGCACUAAUAAGCAGCUUUUGACAUCAGUCCCACACAGAUAUAGAAAACAAAGACUUGCCAUUGAUCCAUCCAUCCCCAACAAUUCCAUCCAAUGUUAACUGGUGCUGGGAAUGUCGUUCUUAUUCUUCUAAUGUUGUUCAGCAGAAAGUGAACUAUUGCAUGCAGUUUUUAGGGAAUAGGAACCAUUUGGAAAAUGUUGCUUAACAGUGCCCUCUAUUGGGCCAUUCCUGCCAUUGAUCAAAUGCACUGAUAAUGAAUGCUGUUGAUGGACAAAUGAUAUCAACAAAGUGACAGCUGCUUUGGAUGUCACUCCAGAUUUACUAAGGGAUUUGAUAAUGAAGGGCAAGUGUUUGUCCAUACAUGUUCUGUUGUAGCACCAUGUGUAACAUGGGCUUUUUUAGCACUUGGUUCAGGUUAUGAAUAGAGCAUUUGGCAUAGUCUUAUAAAUAAUAAUAGCGUAUUUAUAUUAUACAUAUCAGUAUUAAUAUUGAUGUAAUUGUAAUUGUAAUUAUGCAAUUUUAUGAUAUCAGUAUUUUACAGAGGAUUGGCCUAAUCAGUUUUAUAAACUCUCUGUUUUAGUCUAAAAACACACUAGCAAUCAAAGCUAGACCUCCUACACUUUUUAUCUUCAGAUUAUUACCAUACAUAGAGCGGGUUUUGUUUAUUACAAAGCACUGUUCAUCCCACAAAUGGUUAGCAAGAAGAACUACUAAUCAACCUGGAAUUGUUAGUACUCCUUAAGCUUAUGCAAAGUUCUGAGGAACAAGGCAUUGGUGAUAACAAAUACUUAUUUUCAAUAGGUCUUUUGUUUUUCAAGAGUGUCAGAAUGUCUUUUUCUCACGAAAGCAAAGAAUGGACAAUCCCAACCAAAAGCAAAAGGGGAAUUCAGUUCUUUGCACUGACUGCUUUUCUUUCUUUCCAAGGUCCACAAGCUAUCAGAUACUAACUGUAGUGCCAUUAUUUUAGAUCACAUCAUGACAAAGUCACAAGCGUUGCCUGUCUUUAGCUUUAGCUACACUUUGAUUAAAAUAAAAUUAUUUUAAUGUGUGUUCAGGGAAAUUUGUAUGCCAAAGAAGCUCGAGCUUAUUUGAUAUUGUGUAGCGUCCCAUUUGUCUUUUACCCCUUCAAGCCAGAAAUCUCCCUUAAACAUUCAAAGACCACAUAUUGCUAAAGAACCAGUCCUCCCUUUUCCCAAAUCAAAAAGCAUUUCACGUCAUCAUGACCAAUGUGAUAAUUUUGUGAUUAAUGUAAGUUAAACUAUCGCUUAUGAAGGCUUAUAAUCAUCAUCAUGUCAUUACAGAUUACAUAUUCUAUAUAAUUUUGGUUGUAUACAAUUUCAGUAGUUUUUGGUGCAUAGUGUCAUUUGAAACUACAACAACAAAGAAUGUAGUACAAUAAUACAUGGAAUUUGUGGCCUGCUCAAAGUUUGCCAUCUGUAUGUAAUACUUUUUUUUCCUUUAAAAAAGAUAGAAAUUUUAAAUGGCUUGUUUACGCAUAAUGCUUUCAUGUGACAUUGUGAUAUUUGCAUGAACAAUUUUCUUUGCCUCUGGGUAGGCCUAGAGCUUCUGAGGGUCAGUAUACAAUUCAGUGUUAUCCUAAAUAAUGUUUUGAUUGUCAUCUCGAAGUUUAAAAGGGAGAUUUCAAUAAUUACAUGAAUAUUUAUAUUUUUGUCACUCACUUCAAUAUGAAAAUGAUAGCAACAUUUUUGUAUCGAUUUCAGUAAUAUAUUUCCUAUAGAUGUUAAGAUUGUGCCUUAUCAAUGACCUGAUGCAAAAUAAAGGUUUGGAAAAAUGCCAUAAACUCAAA